AUGUGUCAAAUAAAUGAAGAAGAUGACGAAGCAUUUCAAGCACUUAAAUCUGGAACGAAUAAAGGACCAAUUAGUCGAAAAUGUGUGAGUUGCGAUCAAGAUGCUUGUGUUGUGGUUCGAACUGCGGAUCCAAUGUGUCGAAAAUGUUUCGAAGAAUUUUUCAUUCAUAAAUUUCGUUCAACAUUAUCGAAAUCGAAUGUAUUUGGACGUGGUGAAAAUGUUCUGCUUGCUUAUUCCGGUGGAUCAUCAUCAUCAGCUUUGCUGCAUUUAAUUGCUGAAGGUCUGAGUGUUCAAGCACGAAGACGUCUUCAAUUUCAAGCACAAGUUGCUUUCAUUGAUGAAUCUUCGUUAUAUUCGGAUGUAGUAAGUGUUCGUGAAAAAGUGACCGAUCUUAUUACAAAUCGAUUGCAAUAUCCAUUACAUAUUGUCUCUAUUGAUGAUAAUCUUGAUAAAGAUGAUGAUUUCCAACAGUUAUUAUUAGAACGUACAAAAACAUUAACAGCUCGUGAAGAACUUGUUCGACGACGAAGAUUAAAAUUAUUAUUUGAUAUUGCUAUUCGUGAAAAAUGUACAAAAUUAAUUACAGGUGAUAAUUGUACAAAACUUGCAGCACAAAUUCUUUCGGAUAUGGCACAAGGCAAAGGUGCACAUGUUGCCUUAGAAUGUAAUUUAACGGAUUCAAGAAAUGAUUUAGUCACAAUCGUACGACCAUUUCGAGAAAUAACGUCGAAAGAAAUUGCUAUGUAUAAUCGAUUAAAUUCUAUUGAAUCUCUGCAAAAUGCUGAUAUAUCAACAAUGUCCGGUCCGCAAUCAUCAAUCUUUCAACUUACUGAAACACUUGUUAAUGAUCUACAACGACAGUUUCCUUCAACUGUUAGUACAAUAUUUCGAACAUCUGAUAAACUUGAAAAAAAUAUACGACCUGAGCGAUGUGAUUUGUGUUGUUGUCCACUUGAUAUUAAUGUAGAUGAAUCAUUGAUAUCUGAUCAAAAUAGACAAAAACUUGUUCAUCAACUAUUUACUACAUCUCCGAAUAGUAAUGAACCCGUUCAUGUUUGUUAUGCUUGUCGACGAUUACUUCGAGAUGUACAACCGAAUGUACAGUCUCAUUAA